AUGCCUGGUCCUCAUCGGCUGCAUGUUUCUGUACAUGCGUUCAAAUUUGAACGCAAGCACAAACCGAAACCGCAGACUGCCCCGUCACAAGCCCCCAUUCGGCAACACCCUGCCCUCCACGCGAGCAUCACCAUCCCUCCAUUCCCGGCUCCCCCCAUCAUGUCCGACCCGCAAGUCGCCCUCUGGCUACGCCAAUCCGGUCUCUCCCGCUUCGCCCCUCGCUUCGCCGCCGCCUCCAUCACCACCUCGGCCUUCCUCGCCCUCUCCGCGGCAGACCUCGACGCGCUCGGCCUCGACUCCCCCGCCGACAGGAAGCGCCUGUUCGAUCUCAUCGACGACAACCGCCGCCCGCGCCACCCGUCCCCCUCGAAACGCAUCAGCGCAACCCGCCGAAGGCUCUCCCUGCGGAGACUCUCGCGCUCCAACUCCAGCCCCGUCUCGUCGCCCGCGUCGCGCCCAGCCCCCGCCCCGCCACCGCCCGCGGACAUGACCCGCCCCACCGACCCCCCCACCGCCGCCCACACCGCCGCCCCGUCCAUGGCCCGCGUCACCGUCUGCGUACGCAAGCGCCCGCUCGGCAGGAAGGAGCUUGCGUGCGGCGACGGCGACGUCGUCACCACCGCGUCCAACCCCAUCGUGUACCAACGCACUGCCCGCCCGCUGGUCGACGCGCUUUUCAAGGGCGGCCGCGCUACCUGCUUUGCGUACGGCCAGACGGGCGCGGGGAAGACUUUUACCAUGGCGGGCGACUCGCCGGAGAACCCAGGCUUGUAUACGCUGGCUGUGAGGGACGUUUUUGACCGCAUUCGAAUGGUGUGGAUUAGCUUUUACGAGAUUUACGCGUCGAAGCUCCAGGACCUGCUCAACCGCUCGGCGAAACUCGAGUGUCGUGAGGACUCGAAUAGCGAAGUUCAGAUUGUCGGCCUCACGGAAAGGCUGUGUGAGGUUGAAGAGGAUGUGCUUGCUUACAUUGAUGAAGGCAGUGCGGCCCGCUCUACGGGCUCUACUAGCGCCAAUGACGAUUCGAGCAGGUCGCAUGCUGUCUUCCAGAUUCAACUCCGGCAUCCGCCAGGGAAUACAGGCGCCGAGAUCGGACGGCUUUGUUUUAUUGAUCUUGCUGGCAGUGAAAGGGGAAGCGACACUGCGAGCUCGACACGCCAAACAAGAAUGGAGGGAGCAGAGAUUAACAAAAGCUUGCUCGCUCUGAAAGAGUGCAUUCGUGCGAUGGACCAGAAGAAGGACCACACUCCUUUUCGAGGGAGCAAGUUGACCCAGGUCCUCAAGGCUUCCUUCAUGGGAAAGAAUUGCAGCACCGUCAUGAUCGCAAAUAUCUCUCCAGCAUCUUCAAAUGUCGAACACACGUUGAAUACAUUGCGUUAUUCUGACCGAGUGAAGGAAAUGAAAACGGACCGCGUCGCUAACAGUGCUCAUACGCCCUCGAUAGACCUCAGUUUUCUGACAAGGCCGGCUCUCAACGGACGAAGAGCUACGUUUAGCCACGCAUUAGGCAUGCGAACGGGAAGGAACCUACUAAACACUCCUCUUCGAACGACGCAGCAACAGGCAACUCCUGAUGGCGAGCAUCGAGACGACCGAGGUAGAGUCCGGGAGGCCCCGAAAUCCAGUCGAAAAGGUCUCAACCCCCAGGCGGCGACACGAAAGUUCGACAUGCUGCCAGAAAAGAGGGACACACAUGCCUUUCCGCGGACAGGGUCCCGAAAUGAGAGGAAGCCAUUAGUCCGAACUAAGAGCAGAGGAUCCGACAACAUUUUCCAGAAUCAGCUUAAGCCGCCGACAGUCACGGAUCCAUCGAACACCCAAGAGCCUCGCCCAACAAAACGAAAGACAUCCAGGGCUCCUUCAAUGAUACCAACGCGUCCCUCCAUGGGUGGGGCAGCUUUUCCGAAACCAAACGCAUUUCAAACACCUGGGGACUCUAAAAUAGCGAGGGCAACCAGCAGCGUAGGAAGGCUGCAAAGUGGGGAACGUGGAUCAGCUUUUGGUGAGCGAGAUAGGAAGGCUAGCACUGUGGCUCACAACAACAAUCAGUUGAAACGAGCUCGACUUCUUGAAGAUCGGCCCCAUCCAAGGGCGUCUCGAAUACCGACAAGAAGUGGCUCCUCUAGUACGCUUGAUGACGUCAGUACCAGCGACAGCGAGGCAGUAGAAAUAGACUUGUCGAACCAGUCUUUGAAAUCCGAGGACUUCGAACCACGUCCUCGUCCCGCGAAGCGUCCCGAUGACUUGCCGACCGCAAAGCAAAGCUUUCGGAAGGUAAACGCUGCUCAAUCAGCAAUGAAGCACUACAAGAGAACAGUUGAUGAGUUGUCAGACGAAGAUCUUCUUUUUGCAAGCUCCGACAGCAUUGUAGAUGAGUUAACCGCCGCUGCCCAACAGCGACUAGCUGCAGCAUCGAUUCAAACAGAAAAAGAUCAGAAAAAUCCGCGGCAAAAGCAAAAUGGAUCCAAGGGAUCGGGGAGGCCAAGAGGAAGAGAAGCACCGUCCACACGGAAGCAUAGGAUGAAUGGCGACGACAUUUCCCCGCCUACGAGGCAAAAGAUUUCGACGAGUAGCCGGGAAACCUCAAAUGGAAGCGAGUUCCGGAAACCAGUGUCUCCUGACCUGCGAAAAGUUCUGCGCUUUCAUCAUGUGCAAAUAGAAGAACUGAUGCGUCUGACAGAAUCAGAUUUGGCGCUGGUGAAUGCGGCCGAGAAGGGAGAAAUGGACGCGGACGAGUACGCCCUGAAGCUGAAGCUUAACCUAUCACAAAAGCUGGACGUUACGGCAAGCCACGUCAACUUAGCAUGCCACCCAGCAUCCACGAGCGGAAACGAGGCUGUUGGUUUCUACUCUCCAAACAAGCUAUCCAGUCUCUUCUUCAUCGUCUCAAUAUCCUCAUCCGAGAGGCCAACCGAGUCGGUCCCCUCACUCCCUCCAUUCGGUUUCCCUCGCCACUUGUCCAUAUCAUCAAUCGCGCUCUCUUCCGGCGGCGAAAUCAGCGACCCCGUUGGCACAAAACCCAGUCUAAAUCCCGCGUCCCCACAAAAGUUUCUUAGAUCCUCCGAAUCCAUCAUACAAAUCUGCGGCAUAGGAAACUCUUGCACCUCCAGACACAUAGCGUACCGCUGCGCCUCCUCUUUCUCCUCAAACGCGAGCACGAUACUCUCCUCCCCGAUCGACAGACUAUAA